CGACCUCGCUUCGCGUCCCGCCGCGAAUGUCUCGUCGUAACCAAGAGCGGCGCAAGAGUUUGCGCUACGUUGUUGCGAUUCGUUCUCUCAAAGUUCGUUUCAAAGACGCGUCUCUCGGCCGUCUUUCCCGUUGGAAAAGCGCGAUCGCGUCUAUAAAUAAAAAAACGGACGGAGGAAUUUUGAUGUGACUUUUUGUUCUUUGGUUUUUUAACUUCAACCCGAAUGUAUAAAAACAUUCGUCCGGGAGGAGAACUCGGAGGAUUUAUAUUCAGCGAGCGACGCCCAGGUCUUCUCGCUCUGCCGCUAUUCUCGGAAAACCGUCACCACCGGGAAAAAGAAGAAAACUUGUAGUUUUCCGCGUGACCGCUCGUAACGCGCACACACACGCGCGCGCGCGUUUCCUUUCCGGUAAGUGUGUGUGCGCGCGUCUCGGCGUCGCGAGAGUCUCUCUCUCGCGAAUAAAUCGCGCGUAUCAAAAGCGCGUGAUAAGACCGUGUGUGUGUUUUACCGAGAGACAUUUGCGAUCAGUUUCCUGAGAGCGAAACUGGUACACACACAUACGUACGCACAACAACAUAGUUGCGAUCUGGCGGGAGCGAUCGUUUCUUUGAGCGGAGAUCGAUUCCGCGCGCUUUCUCUCUAAGAGUUCGAACACUCGGCACAACCCAAUCGACGACCACGUGGGUGUUAUCGGAUAAAAUUUGCCCCCGAGAGGUCGUACGUGGGAGCGAUUACGCGAACGAGUUCAUUCAUCGUUGCGGAUUCCAAGCUCGCCGGAAGUGACGAACGCGAGUGAUGACUUCCUUACUGCGUUGGUGGUAUUAGUGGUGGUAGUUGCUCGCGCGCACGGUACCAGUCGACGAAGUGCAUUGUGUGCUCGCACGCACGCACGCACGCACGCACGCACGCACGCACGCACGACAACGACGACGACGACAACAACAACAACACAACGAUCUACGUACUGCAUCGCGCGUGCUGACCUAGAGGAAGCAAAAGGAGAGACGAAGAAAGAGAGGAGGAUGUCGACUCGCCGCUGGGCGACCGCGACCGUGUCGUCGUGCGGCGAGAUGCAGCGUCCUGUUGUCGGUCGACGGUCAGUGGCUCUUUGAAGGUUUCGCCUUAUCGACGAUGGACAACAUCGGCCGAGUUGCGGAUCGUUCGAGACAACACGGGAGGUGGUGGUCCAGUUUUGUGUCGUUGUUACUUUUCAUCGAGGCAAUUCGCCGCGCUCGCUCGCACGAUUAUGCAGCUGAAGAAAGCAAUGCUUAAGAUAUUCGAUCAAUGCCUGCAUUUGCGGAGCAUCGAGGAGCCGAGGAUGACGGCGGAGACGGCGGCUCCUUGCGUGCAAGGAGUACAAAGCGGCGCGGCGGCGAGUCAGAGCGCGGUGCAACAGGUGCAAGAUGGAAAUAGCGGCAGCAACGCUGCCGGUAAUUAUUAUCCCUCGUCGCCGACUUCGAGAUACGAUCCGGAAUAUGCUCGUAUGGAGGCUUGGCUCGACGAACACCCCGACUUUGCCAACGAUUACUUCAUAAGAAAAGCAACACGAGGAAUUGUUGACAUGUGGUUGAUGACACACACGACGCCAACGUCAUCGUCCAGCUGCUCCGUGGAACUUUCGAGCCCGACCCACGUCGCGCCCGGCAAUUCGUCCGCCGGUCGCGGUGGAACCGGCGGUUCGGGAGCGACGACACCCGUGCGCAAAAUUUCCGCGCACGAGUUCGAACGGGGAGGUCUUCUGAAACCGAUUGUCAACACGAUAGACGGAACGCCGACCUUCCUGUCGCCGGGCGAAACCGGCCAAUCGGUCAACUCGCCGGCCGGAACCAACAACACGAACCGACCUCAAAGACGUUCCAGACACGAGCUGAGGCACUUGGACGAAAAGGAUCUCAUUUUCGAAUUGGUGAAAGACAUCUGCAACGAGUUGGACGUGAGAUCGUUGUGCCACAAGAUCUUGCAGAACGUGAGCACGCUUCUUCACGCGGAUCGCGGCUCGUUGUUUCUCGUUCACGGUGAGAGAAGCAGCAAGGCGAGCUCGCGAUCUCCCCAGGAUGAGACCGUUGCCACCGCCGCCGCGGCCACCGCGACAACGAAUUCCGACAACGAAAGUCCGGAACGCACCAAUCAGUCCUAUCCGACGAGCAGGUACUUGGUGUCGAAGCUGUUCGACGUUCGUCCGAGAUCGACGCUGACCGAGAUAGAGAAGAACGAGGAGAUCAAGAUUCCGUGGGGUACCGGGAUCGUCGGAUACGUCGCUGAGAGCGGCGAACCCGUCAACAUACCGGACGCUUACAAGGAUUCAAGAUUCAAUCAGUCAAUUGACGAUAGAACAGGAUAUCGCACGCGUGCCUUAUUGUGUAUGCCUAUCAAAGAUUGCAACGGCGACGUGAUCGGAGUGGCGCAGGUGAUCAACAAACUCGGCGAGCAGGGACAGUUCACCGCUCAGGACGAAAAGGUCUUCGCAAGUUAUUUGCAAUUCUGCGGCAUCGGAUUGAGAAAUGCGCAGCUUUACGAAAAAAGUCAAUUGGAAGUGAAGAGAAAUCAGGUUUUACUGGAUUUGGCGAGGAUGAUAUUCGAGGAACAAAGCACGAUAGAGCACAUGGUUUUUCGAAUUCUCACGCACACGCAGUCGUUGAUCCAAUGUCAACGUGUUCAGGUGCUGCUCGUUCACAAAGCUUCAAAGGGGAGUUUCUCGCGCGUCUUCGACUUCGAAGCGAACGAUCUCGCUGGCGAGGAUUCCGAUUCUCGCACUAGUCCGUUUGAAAGCAGGUUUCCUAUUAACGUUGGCAUCACGGGUUACGUAGCGACAACUGGCGAAAUGAUUUUACAGACUGUCAACAUACCGAACGCGUACGAGGACGCGCGAUUCGAUCCGUCGGUGGACGAUGGCACCGGUUUUCGGCAUCACACGAUUCUCUGCAUGCCGAUCAAGAACUCGUCCAAUCAGAUAAUCGGUGUCAUUCAGUUGAUCAACAAACUGAUCGAUCUGCCUUUCACGAAGAACGACGAGAAUUUCGUCGAGGCGUUCGCGAUAUUCUGCGGGAUGGGAAUUCACAACACGCAUAUGUACGAGAAGGCUGUGAUAGCAAUAGCGAAACAAACCGUGACCAUGGACGUGCUGAGUUAUCACGCGUCAGCGUCGCUGGAAGACGCGCAAAAAUUAAGGAGUUUGAGAGUACCGUCGUCCGCGCAUUUUCAACUGCACGAUUUCAAGUUCGACGAUAUACACAUGGAAGAUAACGAAACUCUCACCGCGUGUCUCAGAAUGUUCCUCGAUUUGGACUUCAUCGAACGUUUCCACAUCGAUUACGAGGUGCUUUGCCGUUGGCUGUUGAGCGUGAAGAAAAACUAUCGGAACGUCACGUAUCACAACUGGCGACACGCCUUUAACGUCGCUCAAAUGAUGUUCGCUAUUCUGACGGCUACGCAGUGGUGGAAGAUCUUUGGCGAGAUCGAAUGUCUCGCGCUCAUUAUCGCCUGUCUGUGUCACGAUCUUGAUCAUCGCGGAACUAACAAUUCCUUUCAAAUCAAAGCAUCGUCGCCAAUGGCAAGGUUGUAUUCGACCUCGACAAUGGAGCAUCAUCACUUCGAUCAGUGUUUGAUGAUUUUGAACAGCGAGGGCAAUCAGAUCCUAUCGAAUCUAUCGCCGGAGGACUAUUCGCGUGUGGUGAAGGUUCUCGAAGAAGCUAUACUCUCGACCGAUUUGGCCGUUUACUUCAGAAAACGUGGUGCCUUUCUUAGCAUAGCGCGCGACGGUGACUACAACUGGGCAUUUAGCGAUCAUCGAGAACUGCUGCGUGGCAUGCUGAUGACCGUUUGCGAUCUGGCUGCGAUCACAAAGCCGUGGGAGAUCGAAAAGAGAGUGGCCGAGCUCGUUAGCAACGAGUUUUUCCAACAGGGCGACAUGGAGAGGCGAAAACUCAACAUCACGCCUAUUGAUAUUAUGAAUCGAGAAAAGGAAGACCAGUUGCCAAUGAUGCAAGUCGGUUUCAUCGAUUCGAUCUGCCUUCCUAUUUAUGAGGCGUUCGCUCAUCUGUCAGAUAAACUUGUACCGCUCCUUGAUGGGGUCAAAGAGAACAAGCAACACUGGCUUGAGCUUGCCGAGAGCAAACAGGCGGAAAACUGUACGAAUCACGACAGGACGCCGUUGUCCGACAAUGAGGAGAUCAGCGAACAAGCGGACCAAUAGUUACUAGGUGAAUGACAUCACUGGCUACACAAAAAUCUAACGCACAAAACUUUAGCGCGAUCAUUCGCCAGUUGAGUCAAAGAAGAGAAAAAUACGGGAUAUAGGCCGGUGGUUUGCACAGUCCGACCUUAUGAAACAAAAACAAAAAAAAAAAAGAACAAGAUCCGAGUACGAUUACCGGCCGUGUAGUUUAUUAUGCUUACGGGUCACACGCGCGUUAAUAUACCCGUUUUUUUUCCUUGGCCUGUGUCCUUUUCCUGGCGCUAAUACAAGGAUUAUUCAAUUACAGAACAUCUGCGUGCUGUUUUUAUUUUGCUAAAAACUUGUUUUUUUUUUAUUUUUUUAGAAUUCUACAGAUUCUACAGAUCUGCUCACCAAAUAUGCAAUUCUACAUAUUGCGGUAAUACCGUAUUGUAUUUUUUAUUUUUUUUUUUUUAUCAAAAUUGUUUAUCAUGUAAAUUUGAGCGUAAGUUUGAGGAUCGAGCUAUUUCCGGGGUUUAACUUCAUGUAUCGUUCUUACGACGUCAGAAGCGAGAGACGACGCUAAACCGGUACGUUCGUAUCGUGUCACAUUUCUCGCUUCUGAACGAUAUAAAAGCGAUAUGAGAUCGCCGAGGAAAAUCUUUGAACAACUCGAUCUUAUUGAAUACAAUGAAUGGGAUCUUUAUUCUCUCUCUCUCUCUCUUCUCUUUUUAUCUGUCUCGCGCAUCCUGUUGCUAUAUAUAUAUAUAUAUAUAUCCCUCAUUCCCGCUUUUAGCGACCGUUCUACUUGUUCGUCUUUCCCAAAAAGAAAAUUUUUAACAAAGCGAUCAAUCUCCACACACGCUACUAUUGUACCUGAUUGUUGUUGUACAUAUAUAUAUUUGCUGUGACAGACUUUGCGACGACAGAGAGGGAAUAAAGACGGGGGAUUGAUUCUCUAUUUAAAAAACAAAACAACUGUAAUAACAAAUGCGGUGUACACAAUAGUUUUUUUUUUUUUUCUCUCGACGCGCGGCUUGUCGAAGGACACAACCGUACGGAAUAGCGCCUUAGGUUACGUAUAUUUGUAUACCAAAGUGUAAAUUUUAUAUGUAUAUAUAUAUAUAUCGAGAUCGAUCGUGGUUCCUUCACGAUCGAACCGGCAAAGCAGCGAAUGGUCUCUGUGUGACGCGCGUGCUAAGAAUGCGUAAUCGAAUACCCGGAAACAGACAGUACAUCUGUUUUCAGGAUUUUUAUUCAGUUUGAUUCGUAAUUUGCUUUAAGUUUUUUUUUUUUUUUUUCUGACAAUCAGUUGUCAGAUUUUCUCGGAUCGAUCUCGACCCAAUUAUAAUCCGUUUUCGUCUUCUUCGCACGAAGCUGUUACGUCGCUAGAGGAGUAGAUAACGUAAGAGCUAUUAUAUUUAGAAAGGCAACAUCUCUUCUCUUCUCUCUACAUAUAUACAUUGUUGUUCUUAUUAUAUAUUUUUAAUUCGAAACUAGAUUUUUUUCUUUUUCUUUUUUUGAUCGUGUUGUAACGUGUUCUGUUUUACUUUAAUUAAUUAAAUUAAAUUAGUUUUAAAUUAAUCCUCGCUGUGUAACACUUAGGGACACAUAUAUGUAUAUAAAAAGUACAUAGACACACACAUAUAUAUAUGUAUUAUGUAUAUUGCGUAUAAUAUACAGGUUAAAGUUUGAUACUGAGAAAAACAUGCAUAUCAUUAGACAGUUGCCGCGGGAUAGCUCUCAUAUCGUCGUACACCACAAAAAGGCACAAUUUGGAUAACAAGAACGGGGGUUUUGUUUGUUUUUUUUUGUUUUUUUUUUUUGUUUGUGACUAACACCAAUUUCUUGCGGCUUCGAGAAGACGAAGACAAAAUGUGUUUUUUUUUUUUUGUUUUGUUUUUGUUUUUUUUUUAGGCAUUUAGUGAUCGCACGCACGUGUGCGCGAUCGUCUACUUAUAAUAGUAACAAUAAUAAUAAUGAUAAUCAUAGCGCGUGACUUCCUUUACAUGUUCCUUUUACUCUUGCAAUCUUUGAAGUGAUCUUAUAUAUAUAUAAAUAUAUAUAUAUAUAUAUACAUAUUUUUUUUGUAUUUUAAUAUAUAACCGACUCCGAAACACGUGUGUGGAUAUACUUGAUAGCGACACCUGAAAAAAAGUGAUGAGAACGUGUGUGAUUGAGAAUUACUGUUUCUUCUCUUCGUGUGUGUGUGUGUGUGUGUGUGUGUGUGUGUGUGCGUGCGU